AUGGCUGGGUAUAUGUCAAGAGGGCCCCAAAAUGGUUCUGUGUAUGUCUGCAAUCUACCUCCUGGAACUGAUGAGAAUAUGUUGGCUGAAUAUUUUGGCACCAUAGGGUUGCUAAAGAAGGACAAAAGGACUGGGCGCCCAAAAAUUUGGAUAUAUAGGGACAAAGUUACCAAUGAACCAAAGGGUGAUGCAACAGUCACCUAUGAGGAUCCACAUGCUGCUUCAGCUGCUGUGGAAUGGUUCAAUAACAAGGAUUUCCAUGGGAGCACUAUUCAGGUUCACAUAGCCGAGUCAAAAAGCAAAGAUGCAUUCGAUAACCCCACGAGUUUGAACAUCAUUGCUGGUGUCGGUGAACAAGAUGAACUGGAUAACGGAGCAGGCAGAGGUAGAGGACGUGGUGAUGGUCCAGGCAAGGCUUGGCAGCAAGAUGGGGAUUGGAUGUGUCCAAAUACAAGUUGUGGCAAUGUAAAUUUUGCCUUCCGUGGUGUUUGUAAUCGAUGUGGAGCUGCACGCCCUUCUGGUGCUGGUGGAGCUGGUGGUGGCGGUGGCGGUAGGGGUAGAGGCCGUGGUAGCUCUGAUGCAAGAGGAAGCAGUCAUGCUGGUGCUGGUGCUGCUGCUGUUGGUGGUCCACCUGGAUUGUUUGGCCCAAAUGAUUGGCCAUGUCCAAUGUGUGGCAACAUCAACUGGGCUAAGCGGAGCAAAUGUAAUAUAUGUAACACCUCCAAGCCUGGUACCAAUGAAGGUGGUGUGAGGGGUGGCCGUGGUGGUGGGUACAAAGAGCUUGAUGAAGAAGAACUAGAGGAAGUUAAAAAACGUCGGAAAGAGGCUGAGGAGGAUGAUGGAGAGAUCUAUGAUGAAUUUGGCAACCUGAAAAAGAAAUUUCGCUCUAAGGCUCUGCAUACCGAAAGUGCACAGGCACUUCCUGGGUCUGGACGUGCUGGAUGGGAAGUUGAGCAUCUUGGUUCUAGUGAAAGGGAAGGCAGGGAGAGGAGCAGGGAUCGUGGUAGGGAUGACUACGAUGAAAAGGAAACCAGGAAAAGAGAGAGAGGUGAUCAUGGAAGGGACCAGCGCCGGAGCCGGAGCCGGAGCCGGAGCCGGAGCGGAGCCGAGACCGUGAAAGGGAAAGGGGGAGGGAGAGGAGAAGUAGGGAGCGUGACCGGGACCGCCGCCACAGGAAUGGAAGUUAAUUGGCUACUUACAAAACAUGAAUGCCUUAUUGACAUUGCAGUAAACAUCAGAACUUGUUAUGUAAAAGUGGAAGAUGAUGGUUGUGGUAUUACACGAGAUGAAUUGGUUCUCUUGGGAGAAAAAUAUACAACAUCCAAAUUUCAUAAUGUGAUGGUCGACGAGGAGCUCAGUUCUAGAAGUUUUGGACUAAAUGGAGAAGCACUCGCAUCACUUUCUGAUAUCUCUGUGGUUGAAGGAUCUAAAUGCAUACAUCUGGGGAUAGAUGACAAGAGGGAAGUUGUCGGCACCACUGUUGUUGUUCGGGAGCUUUUUUACAAUCAACCAGUACGGAGGAAACAAAUACAAUCUAGUGAGAAAAGAGAACUACAUCAUGUGAAGAAGUGUGUCUUGCAAAUUGCGCUUAUUCAUCCACAGAUUUCACUCAGACUCCUUGAUAUUGACAGUGAAGAUGAGUUGCUAUAUACAACCUUUUCGUCAUCCCCUUUGCCUCUUAUAUCAAAAAAUUUUGGGGACGAUGUCUCCAGAUGUCUCCAUGAGAUAACUGCCUCUGACCAGGGCUGGGUUCUUUCAGGUCACAUAUCUGGACCUGCAGAUGUGUUUUGUAUGAAGAGCAGGAAGAGGCAGAAGACUGACAUCUACCCUGCUUUUAUACUAAACUUUUACUGCCCUAGAUCCAGCUACGAUCUACAUUUUGAGCCUACAAAAACCAUUGUGGAAUUCAAGGAUUGGCGAACUGUCUUGCUUUUCUUUGAACAAACUGUCACAAAUUACUGGAAGAAGCAUCAACUGCAAUCACCAAAAGUGAAAUUGAAUAAGGGCAUCCUGAAAGAUCAUAAUGUGCAGAACGAGAAAGAGUAUGCUGGCUUCGAAAGCACUCAGCAGAAGAAUGCAAUCAGAGACACCAACAGUGAUAUGAGUUCCACAAGAGCAACAAGAAAUUCACGCUGCUUUUCUUUUUUUAUGGAGCCAUCCAUUCAGAAUAUCUGUUUCUCUGGAAGGAUCACUAAUUCAAGCCGCCCGAAUGACAAUGUUGCCAGUAUUGAUUACAAGUUAGGGUAUAAGCAAAUGCAUUCUCCUGAAAGUGGCAGUUAUAAGUGGUUAGACGAUGGCCCUUCCCAGUUAGAUGAUGAUAUUUCAAGUGUUAACCCAACUUGUUGGAAAAGGCAAAGGACAGAAGGUAUAUUCCAUGAGUAUGCAUAUUCUGGUAAUCUUGGAAUGGUGGAAGAUGUGCCAACUGAAGGUUUUUUCACUCACAAACAAGAGUCUGAGCUGAUUGGUCCAGAAGUUGAAAUACCAGAAUCUUGCUUCAGGGCUCUCAAUAGGCCAAACGGAAUGGCGUCUGAUUUUGUGCAAAAUAAAACCAACUUAAAGGCACAAACCUCAGGCUGGGAUGGAUUAUAUGACAGGUUUGAUAAAUUAAAUGGGGAUUGCUUCAAUGAAGCCACAGAAACAAUCACUGAUAUUUCUUACCCAGAGAUGUUACAGUUCAGUAAUGGAUUUUAUCAUGAUGGUAGCACUUCCAGGGGCUCCUGUAGAAUUUUGAAAAAGUUCAGAGCCAGUAAGAAAUUGGGGACUGCAGCUGGAUGUGCUGAAGCACUAGAGGCUGAUGCUAUUAACCAGAUGAAUUUCCCUGAUAUUCAUGCUCUGUGGAACAGUGACUUGAUAGAUAGGUCCUCCAUCAAGGAUACUUUAAAUCAUUUUCCUCAUCCAUCCUUGUUGGCUGAUACGCCUUGCAGUCAUCCAAGGACCUUGCACACACUUUACAGGAAAUCAGAUAAAUGCUUUAGUUCUUGGAACUGUAAAAAUGUUGACAGCAAUAUUAGAUUUGAUUUGAACAGAUUUAGCAAUGAUUCGUCUAUAAUAUUUGAAGGAACUAAACAUUUCGAUAACUUUGACAAUGAAAUACAGCCGCUUAAUUACUUCAAUAAUAAGUGUGGUUCAACCGACCAGCUUGGUUCUGAAGAAGACCUGAUAACUUGGAAAUCAAAAUUCGACAUGAGGUUGUCAGUCAAUAUUUCUCCUGAGAGAAGUGAUAAUGGUCGCCGUUUGAAUGUUCCUUCUUCGAAUAUGGCAAAUGGCAGCCUGCUUACUCAAGAUCUGCUGAAUCAACACAACUCUGGACUAAAUCAGAGACCCAGGACUUCCAAGGGUAGUAGAUUUAGGAGUCAUUCUGCUCCACCAUUUUAUAGAGGGAAACUGAAAUUCUCUAGAUUAAAUGUGCCACUGAGCAAACCGAGCACAGAUAGCGAUAAAGAUAUCUGCAUCAAUAACCCCGAAGACAAUGCACCUGCACCUGUGGAUAUCUCAUAUAUGAGUUCAACCCAGCCUGUUCCUGAGACUGAUACCGGUGAUUUUCCAGACUUAAAUUUCAGCUCGAACAGAUUUGUGAAAAUGUCUGAAGUUGCAUGUUCUGAUGGGAUUGAGGACUCCACUGCUCAAAUAACUAAAUGGCGAGAUGACCCUGUCCAGCAUACAGCUUUGAACUUGCCACAUGGUCCUGUUGGAUGCUAUGAUGAUAUACUUAGCAUUUCUUCUGGGACCUUACAUCUCUCUUGUAGCUCGCUAAUUCCUGAAUGUGUUGACAAGAACUGCUUUGAGGAGGCAAGGGUUUUGUUGCAGCUGGACAAGAAAUUUAUUCCCGUCAUAUCUGGGGAAACUAUCCUCCUUGUCGAUCAGCAUGCAGCUGAUGAAAGGAUACGUUUAGAGGAGCUCCGUAGCAAGGUUUUAUCAGAAGGACAUGAAGUUAGUUACUUGGACUCUGAGGAGGAAUUGUCUCUCCCUGAGACUGGGUUUCAACUGUUCCAGAAGUAUGCUGAGCAGAUUCAGAAAUGGGGCUGGAUCAUCAGCAGCGGGAGCAAUUCAUCUGAAUCAUUCAAAAAGAACAUGAACAUUUUGAAGAGGCAAGUCCGUCUUGUUACUCUUGUUGCUGUUCCAUGUAUUUUGGGUGUCAAAUUGACUGGGAAAGAUCUCAUGGAGUUUAUUUGGCAGCUUGAUGAGACUGAUGGAUCGUCAGAUAUCCCCCCAGCAGUUCUCCGUAUUCUUAACUUCAAAGCUUGCAGAGGAGCGAUCAUGUUUGGCGACUCCUUACUACCAUCUGAAUGCUGUCUGAUUAUUGAAGAACUGAAAGCAACAUCUCUAUGCUUCCAGUGUGCUCAUGGGCGCCCAACCACGGUGCCCAUCUUGAACGUCACAUCCCUCCACGAGGAGCUAGCGAGGCUCCAAAUGCUGAGUGGAACGCAGGCAGAGACCUGGCACGGCUUGGGGCACCAUGAACCCAGCCUUGAGCGUGCUCAGAUGCGCCUCGAACGACUGAGAAAGCUACGCCGCGGCCUGUAG